AGAAUAACUCUAUUAAAGUUGUGUCUUUAUUAUUAUGGGAUGGUGAGAUAAUAAAUAAAGCAGUCCCCUGUCUCCUCCUCCUCCUCCUCCUUUUCCUCCUCCUCCUCCUCCUCCUCCACCGCCCCCUGCAGGCCCAGCUCGGUACUGCUACUACCGGCCCUAGCAGCCAGUACAGCGGAUGAUCCUGAACCGAGCAGUCGGUGCUCUCUAACCGGAGGUGAUACCGCCCUUCUCUUCUGUUCUCCUGUUCUCCUGCAGAACCUCCGACCUGGUCCUCUACGUUCAGGAUCAGGAUCAGGAUCAGGAUCAGGAUCAGGAUCAGGAUCACAUGAUGCAUGGACCUGUCUGGUUGUAGUGGUUCUGCUGUCCAUGCGUCAGCCCCGGCAGGAGGAGGAAGAGGAGGAACAUGGAGCAGGAAUCCGGAGUGUUCAUCUCUCUGACCGAACAGGAGCAGCGGUUCUACUCGGCUCUGCACGGCCGCUGCCAGGCCGACUCCUCCGGGACGCUGUCCUCCAGCAGAGUCACGGAGCUCCUCAAGGCGUCCGGGCUGCCUGCUGAAGACCUGCACAAAGUGACGGAGUUGUGUGGAGCGAAGCGUCUGGGCUACUUCGGUACGCCUCAGUUCUUCGUGGCGCUGAAGCUGCUGGCGGCGGCCCAGUCGGCGCUGCCCGUCCACCUGGAGAGCGUGACGGCCAAUCUACCUCUGCCCAGGUUCGUUGGGCUGAAGAAUGAACCCGAGAUGAGAUACGCAGUCAUCCCUCCCAGCAUAGAAGGUCAGGGGGCUCUGGGUGGGACUGCACCCGGCUCCUCCUGGACUCCAGCAGACCGGAGCUCCUUCAGACACCUGGAGGCCAACGUGGACAAGCAGGAACCCUGGUCUCCACCACGAUCACCGUGCAGUUCACCGCCUCGCUCCCCCCCGCUGACCUACCGCGGCUACGCCUACGCCACGCAGAGAAACGGCGCUGACGCACAGAUCGCCUACGAAAGCAAACAUCCGUCGCGGCCGAUGGUCCAGCUGGAGCAGCACUCCUCGCCCAGUAACUAUGGCACCAAACCCGCCGUGGAGCAUCCUGCCAUGGCUCGGGCGUCCUCAUCAGAGAGGCUGGACCAGCACGGCGUCGUGGACUACUCUGACGACGACCCCUGGAGGAUCACAGAGGAACAGCUGGAGUAUUACACCAAUCAGUUCAAGAGCCUGCAGCCUGACCUGGGGGCUCUCAUCCUGGGAACCAUCGCAAAGAACUUCUUCACUAAAUCCAAGCUGCCGAUACCAGAACUCUCCCACAUCUGGGAGCUGAGCGACGUGGACCGAGACGGAGCUCUGACGUUCUCUGAGUUCUGCACAGCGUUUCACCUGAUUGUGGCACGUAAGAACGGUUACCCUCUCCCAGAGAGCCUUCCUCCCACCCUGCAGCCGGACUUCAUGCAGCAGGAAGAGGACGACGUACCGGAUACUCCUGAAAGUGCAGAGCCUCUUAUUGUGUUUGAGGAUGCUGAACUGAGGCCCAGUCACAUGGAGCGGAGCAUCAUAGAGCAACUCCAGCCAAGUCUGGUCACAACAAAACUAGAUCUGAAAGAAGAAUCAUGUAAACAAGAUGUCAGUGUGAAGAGGACAACAACAUCUCAGGAGAAACGGACUCUUCAUCUUGGUGCUUUUCCUGAGAGGCCAGAGCCGCCGCAGGACCUGGACACACACAUGAGGACAAAACCAGACCCCAGGUCCUACUCCAGCACUUCUAUUGAAGAUGCGAUGAAGAAGGCAGAGGAGCCUCCGACGCCUCCACCCCGACCCCAGAAGACCCACUCCAGAGCCUCCUCGCUGGACCUCAACAAGCUCUUCCAGCAGGGCGCUCCAGGCAUAAAGAGUGGAUGGUUGCCGCCUCCUCCAGCCCUCCCUCCUCGACCGCCAGCGUCACAGGUUCCUCAUUUCAUCACCGUUCCAGAGAAAACUCCCCAGAAUAAAGUGCAGCAGCCAAACUUUGCAGACUUCAGUCUCUUUAGAGAAGAGGAGGAGAGCGGUAUGAAACCUGAGGACCCGGGUCCACGCUCCAGGUUUGGUCCAAGUACUGAAGACCUGGCGAGUGCUUCAAAACAGGACGUGAUCGGACUUUCUCACAUUCAGGUUCCACAGAAGCCGGUCCGCAGGAAGUACCACCCAGAGAGGGAGAACGUGGAGGCCGUACCUCCACCUGCCAUGCCCUUUCCCACCCCCACCAAAGCUGCUCAGAAGCUGCCGUCCAAACAGAAGAGGGAGAUCCAGCUGGCGAUCCGUAAAAACAAGGAAACCAACGCGGUGUUGACGCGCCUCAACAGCGAGCUCCAGCAGCAGCUCAAGGUGGUCCACCAGGAGAGGGUCACCUUGGAGUCCCAGCUGGAUCUCCUGCGGCCUCUGACCUCCACGUGACUGCGCCUGACGUCUGCUUAGAGUCACCGAAAUACAUCAGAGUCUCUAAAAACAUGAAUGUUUGAGCCAAGAUACAGAAAGUUGUUUUGUUUUGUCCCGAAUUCUCUUGAGGACUCUUGGAUUUCUUUGAUGAACAACUCCAGUCUGAGUUACUUUUAAUGACAUUCUGCAGGAUUAAAACAUGCAUUUAUUUUAAAAUCACUGUAUGAUAUGCACAUGUGAAAUAUCUUGACUUUCUAACUUAUUUUUCUCUUUAGAUUUACUCUCCAUGAACCUUACUUUGCUUCCAAUACAUGUAACACUCGUUGGGAACUAGGGUUCUCUCGUCAGUCGAUGUAUUCAGCGUGUUUCAUGUGGUCUAAAGCAAGUGAUGGUGCUACAGAUUAGUUCCUGAAUCUGAUUACUUUUUGCACUUAAAAUUUAAAAAGAAUGCACAUUUGGAAAAAGGUUGUAGUUAAUGUUUGAAAAUGUCACAUUACAUGAGUUUGAUGUAAUUUAGCUGCAGGUUUCCACGUUAUUUCAUUGUCCGUCGUCACACUGUAGCACCACUAGGACACUGGAGAAUGUUGACACUGGAUUUGUAUGAAAUAUGGACAUUUUACUUGAACAUCUUUAAAUGUAAGCACCGCCUGACUGUUGAUUUCUUUUAACCCCCUUUAUGUUUAUUAUCACAUGAAGAGCUAUUUCUGCACUGCAAGUUUGGAAAACAAAAAGUCCAGAAAAGAAAAGAGCACAAUAUUCCUGUAAUGUUUUGCAAGAUAGAUUUCAAAACAGCUAAUGUCCGAUGUGGUUUUGAUUUUAUCUAUGCAACGACGUGGUGCUGCUGUAGCUCGCUUCAGACCGUUUACCAUCAGGAACAAUCAGGAGUUAUGGAAGACAAAUGAAUGAUGGCAUGCUUGAUACUGAUGCAUGUAAACUGAUGUGACUGUAAAUUCACCUUGAAUCAUGCACAACUACUGAGCUCUGGGCUGAAGACAAUAAUCAAACUAAUCAAUAAAGUUGUCUAUUUUUAUUA